AUGGUUUGCUCUUUAGAGUUUAUACACCAAGCUGGUAGGUGGCGCACCCUUCUUUCUGCUACAUGGCAGACAUUCCAAAAGACACUCGAUUCUAAAUAUAGCCCACCCCCACCCCCCACACAGUGGCAGGACAUCUCGCACACCUUCGGAGACCAACUCCGCGGUCGUGGUAGGUGCACCGACUGCGCCACCAAGAUACAGUCCAUUCAGCAGGGCCUAUCGGAAGUCAAUUUAGAGGGACUACUAACCGCGCCUGUAGAUUUAGACCCAGAGAAACAGUAUGUGCCCCCCCCUACCAACCCCGGCCCAGCGGUGAUACAAGACGAUGGGGAGGGUGCAGGAGAUACAGACGCUUCAGAGACACCCGAAGAUACUGCCAAUGCUGCGGGUAGCGUGGCUGAGGUGUCGACGAGCCUCCCUGCGACAGUGAAGCCGGCUGCGCCUAUCGAUACAGACACACCUACACCGACAGAUCCAGAGUUAUUGAGGUUUGAAGGACCACUCGAGGUACACCCGGACGGCACAUGUACGACUGCGGAUGCCAACAACCUGUUCCAAGCAAGACUCGCACUGGACACCGCCUGCCCUACCAAGAAGUGUGAUCAGACAUGUGGCGAUGCCUAUGCGAAGUACAACGACAGCUACGCCCAUUGUGCAGACAGCAUAUCUCCACCCCGUACCCUGGCGGUGAUGGAGGCGUACUUGAGCAUCUGUAGUGCUGCAGGCUAUCAACAACCCGCUGGCAACUUUACAAACACCAAAAACUCGGCCAAGCCGACAGACGUGAAACCAGGCAGCACAAGACCACAACAAACGUCAACGUGGACACCAUUGCCUCGGGAGAGGUGUGGCGAAGUCAUGCGCCAGGAGCUUCAGACAGUGCUAUCCACGUGUGGCACCUUCAUCUCCGGUGACUCAGACUGCAUACAGCCAUGUGCCGUUCAGCUCAACGCUAUCCAGACCCAGUGGUCCCAGUGUGUGGCAGCGAAGGCGGACAUGGGCGUGGGUGAAGCCGAGACUGGACAAUUGGAGUGGCUGCUGCAACACUGUGUCGCGGAAAAGGUCGUCCGCCUGCAGCGGGUGCGCACGAUUCUGGUGAAGCUACUGUGGGGCGUCAAAGGUACACGCGGCUACACAUCCGGAAUGCAUGGUAGGGCGAACACGCAGUCAUACACACUCGAACCAGUAGCUCAGGCGGUGGUGUACAUUGUCAACAGCAGGACUGUAUCAAACAUUAAGUACAAUGUUUCUGAAGACACGCGAUGUGUUCAGGGGUAUACACACAUCCCACAUUCACACUACAAACAGUCUACUGUGUAA